AUGGUGGAACCCAUGUUUGAUUAUCAAUUCCGACACAUUUUGAUAGGAGACAGCACGGUCGGGAAGUCGUCACUGCUGAAAUAUUUUACCGAUGGCAAAUUUGCAGAGCUCUCCGAUCCAACGGUAGGAGUCGACUUCUUCGCCCACUUGAUAGAGGUAAUGGACGGUACUCGGAUCAAGCUGCAGCUGUGGGAUACGGCCGGCCAGGAACGUUUUCGCUCAAUCACCAAAUCGUACUAUCGGAAUUCCGUCGGUGUGCUUCUUGUGUACGACAUUACCAAUCACGCUAGCUUCGAACACAUCCCGCUCUGGAUGAUGGAAGCGAAACGGCACAUCGAACCGCACCGGCCGGUUUUUGCGCUGGUCGGUUGCAAGCUGGACCUGGUCACAAGCGGUGCCCAGCAGCGUGAGGUUAGCAUCGAAGAGGCGCGCGCCUUCGCCGAACAGCACGGCCUGAUAUUCGUGGAAACGUCCGCUCGGUCCGGGGUGAAUGUGCGGGAAGCGUUCAAGCUCGUUACGCAGGAGGUGUACAACCGGAUUAAGAACGGUGAAUAUAAGGUCGAGGACGGAUGGGACGGCAUAAAGAAGGGUUUUAUGCGGCCAAACAAUCUGGACUUUAAUCUGGUAGUGGCCGAAUCCGCACGGAGUAGUUGCUGUUAG